GAAGUAUCGCAAACAGCAACACCAAAACAUCUCUGGAAACUUUUUGGAGCAUAAACAAGAUUAGAAACGAUCCUUUGCAGUCAGACCUUUUAGUACCGAUUUCCGUUUUAUAAGCAGAUACGUAAAUAGUGCCGCGAUUGUCGUUUAAAAUGCGCGGAGACUAAAGCGUGGGUCAUGUGCUUUGUUUGUUUACACGAUGAAACAGCUGAUAAGCUAAUGUUAGCCACCUGACCCGAUCGGUGAAAAACCUGUGACAAGACCGUAAAAUGACCACGUAAUUGCAUCGACUUGACUGAAAUACUAUGUAAACCGAAAAGCCGGCUCAUUGUUUCAUAGUUUGGCUCUUGCUGUAGGUGAAAAGGCGAAAGAAUGGCGAGCUAAAUGUCCCGAGCUUCAGCCUUAGAUCUUGUGAGACGAGUUAAAUCAUUUAGUGACUCGGCCCUUCGUGUCUGUGAAAGGCCUUCAGUGUGUACAUGACAAAAUGCCGUGCUCCUGCGGGAACUGGAGGAGAUGGAUCCGUCCGCUGGUGGUCUUCUUGUACAUUUUACUCUUACUGGUGGUCCUGCCCCUGUGCAUCUGGGAGCUGCAGAAAUCAGAGGUUGGGACUCACAAUAAAGCCUGGUUCAUCGCUGGGAUCUUUGUCUUCAUGACCAUACCUAUAUCACUAUGGGGCAUUCUGCAGCAUUUAGUGCACUACACCCAGCCUGAACUUCAGAAACCCAUCAUCAGAAUAUUAUGGAUGGUCCCAAUCUAUAGCCUGGACAGCUGGAUUGCGUUGAAGUAUCCGAGUAUAGCCAUUUACGUGGACACCUGCCGGGAGUGCUACGAGGCCUAUGUCAUCUAUAACUUCAUGACGUUCCUGCUGAACUACCUGGAGAACCAGUACCCGAGCCUGGUGAUGAUGCUGGAGGUCCAGGAACAGCAGAAGCACCUGCCCCCCCUCUGCUGCUGUCCGCCCUGGCCCAUGGGAGAGGUCCUGCUGUUGCGGUGUAAGCUGGGAGUGCUGCAGUACACGGUUGUCAGACCAGUCACCACUGUCAUUGCGCUGAUCUGUCAACUCUGCGGCGUGUACGACGAAGGCAACUUCAGCUCCAAAAACGCCUGGACGUACCUCGUGAUCUUCAACAACAUGUCACAACUGUUUGCCAUGUACUGCCUGGUGCUGUUCUACAGAGCGCUGAGAGACGAGCUGAGUCCGAUCAGACCGGUCGGAAAGUUCCUCUGUGUCAAGAUGGUCGUUUUUGUCUCUUUCUGGCAGGCUGUGUUCAUUGCGUUACUGGUUAAAGUGGGAGUCAUCUCAGAAAAAGACACCUGGGACUGGAAGAGCGUGGAAGAUGUGGCCACUGGUUUACAGGACUUUGUGAUCUGUGUGGAGAUGUUCCUGGCGGCCAUCGCUCAUCACUUCAGCUUCACGUAUAAACCGUACAUCCAGGAGGCGGAGGAGGGCUCCUGCUUCGACUCGUUCAUGGCCAUGUGGGACAUCUCUGACGUCAGGGCUGAUAUUUCUGAACAGGUUCGCAAUGUUGGGAGAACCGUGAUGGGGCGCCCGAGGAAAUCCUACUUCGACGAGGACGGGAACGACGGCGAGCGCUCGGGCCUCCUCUCCUCCGCCUCUCAGGACGCCAUCACGGAUCAGCUCUCGCACUCCGGCGCCUCCAGGGGCCAGUACGAGGGCCUGGGCCGAACUCACACCCCCCACUCCGUCUCCGCCCCCGCCGGCCUCAACUCCGCCCAGUGGGACGAGGGCUACGAGGCCACGGCCGAAGACUCCGAGGAACAAGACCAAAGGACGGGCCCCACGCAGCCAGCAGAGGGCGAUCUCAUAGUGAUUAAUUCAUAGAAGAAAAAAAAAAUCAGACUUUUAUUUUGAAACUGACGAUGUUGACUUGAAUAAAUGCAACGCCACGUGGACCUAUCAACAAGAGACAGCUCAAGAAUGUUACGCCAGGAAAUGGUAAGGAGGUAACAAUAUUCAAAUCAGCUGCGCGCAAUUUUAUUUUUAUUUUACCGCGAUAUUUUUGAGAGGCUAAAAAAAUGUCAAUAUGUCCGUUUUUCCUUUUAAAAUAUUCGACAAGAUUUAAAGAAUUUGACAAGAAUUAAGAUUUAAAGGGUCCAUAUUACGCUGUUUUCUGAUCUAUGUUUUAAUGUUGAAAUGAAGAUGUAGUUUUCAGUUUAUCCAAAUGAUUCUCGUGAAGGUGUAUGGAGUUUAAAAACACAAUGGAGCGCUUCACACGACAUCACAAGGUGGACCAGAGUGUUUUCUGUUUGCGAGAAGAAGCCCUGAAGCCAAAAUAUGUAGAAUUUAUGAGUUAAACAUGUGUGAAUGAAACAAAAACACAAAUCCAGGUCUGUUUUUGAUGAGGAAAAAAUAUUAUAAAAAUAAAAUAGAGCAGAAAAUAGCGUAAUAUGGGCCCAAAAAAGUCCAAAAAAGACAUUUAAAACACAAGAUUCUGCAAAAUAUCGUAAGAACUUAAUACAAAAUACAAUUAUAGGUCUUGUGGUCAUUAGUUACCACGUUACUGAUUAACCCUGAGCUUUCAAACUUUUAUUUUAUUACAUUUUUUUCCGGAAAGUCAAUGGGAAAAAAUGAAGAAAGUCAAUGGGAAAAAUGAAGAAAUUUACUUUUAGAACCAGAGGAUAAUCAUUUACUGAGCAAAGGAUCAUGGUCAAUGUAGUUCCCUCCGUUUAUUUAGCUGCUGCUGCAACAAAACGAUUCUUUAAAGCAAAAGAAACAUGUAAUUUGAGAGACUUUUGACAAUUAUUAUGAUAUUUUGAGUAUUGUUACAGCCCUACUAAACGGUAGUCUAAUUUAUGUAGUAUGGUAGGAUAGAGCACAGUUACUCGUGUAAACUAAAUCGUAAUAAUAAUAACUCACCUGCUUGACUUUAUUUAGAAAUGCCUCAGAUUUAAAUCAUUUUUUACACACAUAAUAACAUAAAAAACAUUCAUUUGUAUUGUCUGAUGAAUUUUACCCAUUAAUUUUGCCAUAAAAAAGCAAGAACCAAGACUUAAAGCUGCAUUCUGUCACUUUUCUGGUGGAAUAUCCGUCAAAUACUUUUCUCUGUGGAUGCGUUAUUGUUUUGUCUGGAAUGUUUCACAGUUUUAUUAUGAUAUUAAACCUUUCUAUCUUCAUGGAAACCAAACUAAACCAAGUUACAGGUCAGAUCUGUGGAGAUGCGACCUCGCUCAGUGUCAGAAUCUGGUGUUUUUUUGGUAUUUUUGAGCUAUAAAACCACCUGUAAUUGAAUAAACGUAAGUCAGAGCUGUUUAAUGUCACACUGUGGAACAUUCCAGGCAGAGCAAUAGCACAGAAACAAGACGGUGACGGACCCCGAACCGAAAAGUUACACAAUGCAGCUUUUAAUUAAUAAUGUGACAACUACUGCUUAUACCAUGGUUACUAAUGAGAGUUCUAAUGCUAACUGUCGCACAUUAUAUUUUUAAAUAAGUGCGCAGGUAGUUCUGGCAAGUUCUGUGUCACUGCUAGGGCUGGGUAUCAUUCAGAAGCUGCCGAUACGAUACAUAUCUCGAUACAGUGAGCUUACAAGUCUAUAUGAUUCAAUACGAUAUGUUUCAAUUCGAUUCAAGGCAGUUCAAUAAAAAAUAAAGGCUAAAUCCAUCCAUCCAUUUUCUUCCGCUUAUACGGGGCCGGGUCAUGGGGGCAGCAGUCUAAGCAGGGACUCCCAGACUUCCUUCACCCCAGACACAUCCUCCAACUACUCUGGGGGAGACCGUGAGGCGUUCCCAGACCAGCCCAGAGACAUAGUCCCUUCAGCGUGUCCUGGGUCUUCCCUGGGGUCUCCUCCCGGUGGGACACACCCGGAACACCUCCUGAGGGAGAAGCUCAGGAGGCAUCCGGAACAGAUGCCCGAGCCACCUCAGCUGCUCCUCUCGACGUGAAGGAGCAGCGGCUCUACUCCGAGCUCCUCCCGUGCGACUGAGCUCCUCACCCUGUCUCUAAGGGAGCGAGUUCCCAGCCACCCUCCAGAGAAAUCAUGGCUGUGAUACUAAAAGUCUUUGUUAAACCAGAAAGAACAAAAAUGUGUCUGUUUGCUGCAGGUGUUCCAAUCAGUAGGAGCAAAUAGAGGGUGCUCUUGGAAAAAAGGAUCAAAACUCUAACACAACGGACUCGCAAGCACUCCAAAACAAUAGAAAAAGUUAACACAUCGCACGAGGAAAAAUAUAGUUAAAAGGCCUUUAUUUGAAUGGCCAAAGCCAACAUGUUUCGACCUUAACUGGUCUUCAUCAGGGCUUAAUUCUUUGUUAAACCACUUCUUGUGCAAAAGUGAAUAUGAAACAUUUUACUCGGAAAAAAUCUGUGAAAAUGUCAAAUGCGUUGCAACAAAACUGUAGCUCUGUAGUAAAAUAAUUUAGUAAAAUAUACCUAAAAAUACUCUUGGUGAUAUAUCGAUACAGCAGCCCAUGAUAUCGAUACUAGAUAUUAAUAUUAAGAUGGAACUGUUGGAAUGUUGGAAAUAGGGCUGGGCAUCAUUCAGAAGUUGCCGAUACCUCGAUAUAUAGCCCACGAUUCGAUACAUAUCUCAGUACAGGGCACUUUCCACUCAAUACAAAAUACAAAAUAAUUUAUUAAAAUCAAACUAAAAACUAAAAAUACUGUAGGUGAUAUAUCGAUACAGCAGCCCACGAUAUCGAUACUGUAUCAUCACGUUAAACGAUACAACUCAUCGAUAUUUCAGUAUUUCUGCGCACCCCUAGUUCUUUAAAGUGACAGAACCUUUUAAUAUGAAGCAAACAUUACACAGUGGACGGUAAAAAAGUUGUUAGAUUUAAAAGUGAAUCACUUUCAGUCGGUGGGAACCAUGGUAUAAGCAGAUUACUUUCUACUACUACAGUUACUUUUCUUUUUGAAUCGUUUACUGUUUGUUGUUUUCUUUUAUGUAGUUCUAUGUUUUUGCAUGAGGUUCUACAACUAUAAAAUGUUUUCUCUCGUCUAAACAUGCCAUGAAAAUGUUCUGGUUUUGAUUUUAAUGUCAGUGUUUACAAAGUACAGAUUGUCAGCAUGAUUCUGUCCAUUUCUCUACAUACUCUCUGUACAUAAUUGGCUUUAUUCAUAUUAACAAAACUAAGAUGAGGUAAUAAAGUCGUAAUAAACUGGUAAGUGAAUGUGCAAAGGACCAAGUGUGAAAAUAGGCCUGUCACGAUUAUUAAUUUACCGAUUUAUAACUUCUAAAAAUUAUAGCUGGAGCACAAUUUUGGGGCACAAUUCUGGGAAAUUUUUUGUUAAUAUUUUUCUAAAACACUAUACACCGUAGAGGGUUGAAUAAGUAGCUUCUAUGGCUAAUUAUUGGUUCAUUGUUUUGUUUUAUUUGUUGUAGUUUAUGCAUUUAAUCGUACUGAUAAUGUGAAUUUGUAAAAAAACUAUAAAGCAGAGUAGAGGCAGGAUUGAAAGUAUCGACAAACCACAUGGAAAUAUAAAAGAAAUUACUAAUAUUUAACAGAGGUGGGGACUUGAGAGUCGUGUCAGACUUGAGUCACUAUUUUUAGGACUUGAGAUUGACUUGAUAAAAUGGACUAAGACUUGGGACCCAACCUGGACUUGAAGGUCAGUGACUUGGGACUUGACUCGGACUUGAGGCCUGUGACUUGAGAAGACUUGAUGCUUCUCCUAAAAAAAUAUAUGUUUUUAGCAAAUGCUUUUCUCUUUUCAGUUGAUAAAUGCGACGCUUAAUUUUACAGGAACAAACUGGAACAUGUCCCUUAAACUUCUUUGUUUGUUACUUUAGAUGUAACUGAAGUACUUUGGUGUGGUAUCCUCAAAUAUACUACAGUAAUGUACAGUACAAUACAAUAAUGUACAAUACAAUACAGUAAAAUAGAACAAGUUCCUUCAUAACAAAAUAACUGUUAUUUACUUCUUUUAAAUCUGAAUUCUUUCUGUUCUGACUGUGAUGAUUCACACUAAAACCUUGUCAAGGAAAAAUGUGCAUUUCUUACACUCUUGUAUAAAUACUCAUAUAUAAAAAUACCAUGACUUUUAAAGUACAAUUUAGUUUAAAAGUCACAUAAACUGCAAAAAUGUAAGAUAAAUUUGGUACUUUGGUUUAAAGCGGGCAUGUCCAAACUAUGGCCUGUGGUCCAAAUCCGGCCCUCAGACAAAUUUUUCUUGGCCCUCAAGGUUUCAAAUGAAUCACCCAAAUUACCUUGCAUCAAUUAAAAAUUAACUUUGUACUGCAUUUUUUUUUAAAUCUACCUUGAUAAAUCUAAUAUUUAAUAUUUAGUGUGUGGUUUUCAUGGUCUUAGCGUGAAUAAAGACAUUUUUUAACAUGUUAAACAUGCAAAUAUUUAAAUUAUUCACUGUACUGAGCAUCAGUCUACAGCCCUCGAUCAGUCCUCUGCUUCAUCUGUAUUUACAUAUGUGGCCCUUGAUGAAAAAAGUUUGGACACCCCUUUAAAGAUUUGAAAUGACUUGAAGUUCAAAAGGACGACUUGAACUUGACUUGGACUUAUGGACCAGUGACUUGAGACUUGACUUGGACUUGCCUGUCUUUGACUUGGGUCUUAACUCAGACUUGAGAUCAAAGACUUGAGACCUACUUGAGACUUGCAAAACAACGACUUGGUCCCACCUCUGAUAUUUAAUGUUAAACAUCAGAGUGUUUUUUUUAUUAUAAUUGUAUCAUCCAAAUCAGUUUUGAGUAUCGAGUCUAUUCCUUAAUAUCAAAAUAGAGACAUUUUAGUAUCGUGACAACACCAGUCAGAGGCAUUAAGUAGUUUUAAUAUUCUUGUUUAUUUAAAUAUUUUUCUGUAGCUUAAAAAAUUCUCGUGACAGGCCUAUGAACACUACUAAAGAACUGCACACCACUGCAUUUUAGUAAACUACCUGUAAGCAGCUGUUAGAAAUGCCUUGUUCACUGUACUAUUCAACUUUCUACUGUAUAUUUUGUUUAAUUUUUCUCAGUUUUACAUGUUAUUUUAGCGUUUAGACUUCAUUCAUUCACUUUUGCAGCUUCAGCUUCCAGGUUCAUCGAUGCUUUGUUGUCCCAGAGAUCUAAACAGAUUCACGCAGGGGUGUGUCUAUGAGGUAGAGUUAAACAGCAGACUCAUAUAGUGCACAAGCAGCUCGCAUGUUGCAUUGCCUUAUUUUAUUUUUGUAAAGAAAACUCACACCAGAGCAGAUCUUACUGUUUAUUCAUCUGUAAAUCUUGAAUAAAUCUUUCAGAUAAAA